CAAAUCCGCGAAGUGCUGCAAUCAGACCGCCGAGUCAUAGUUGCUUGCCCCUCCUCGGAGACCUUUGGAGAUUUUUUUGUAUUUGUACCAUCAGUCGAAGCCCACCUCCCCGGGCUUCUUCGCAAACAUAUCCACCACGUCCAACUCAAUAUUUCUUCGAGCACUCCGCGUGCGCCCUCCAUCACUCAGUCUACGUCCACGUCCUCCCCGUCUUCGACCUUUCCUACAGACACGUGCCACCAUGGCCACCGACAGCGGACGCGGAAACCCCAUCGGCGCUACUGAGGGCCUCAAGGAGGAGGUUCCUCCUGCCGUCUCAAACGAAACCAAGGCUCAGGUUGCCUCGACGUCCGCCACCCAUGCCGCCGGCCAGGAUGCUGGUGCGACCGCUGGCGCACCUCCCAAGGUGAAGACCGAGAAGGAAUUGGAGAAGGAGCGCAAGAAGGCCGAAAAGGACGCCAAAUUCAAGGCGAAGUUGGCCGAGAAGGCCGCGAAAGCCGCCGCAGCCCCCGCUGCAUCCAAGAACAAGGAGAAGAAGGCCAAGGCCGAGAAGAAGGAGGAAGAGGCUAUCCCUGAAUACGUUGAAGAUACCCCCAAGGGAGAGAAGAAGCGCCUCAAGCCCCUCGAGGACCCCCACUUCAAGGCGUAUCACCCUGAAGCUGUCGAGAGUGCCUGGUAUGACUGGUGGGAGAAGGAAGGCUUCUUCAAGCCCGAAUUCACUGCCGAGGGCAAGGUUAAGCCCGCGGGCAAGUUCGUCGUCGCACACCCCCCUCCCAAUGUUACCGGUGCCCUGCAUCUGGGCCACGCUCUUGGCGACUCCCUUCAAGAUAUCAUGAUUCGAUGGAACCGCAUGUUGGGCAAGACGACGCUCUGGAUCCCCGGUUGCGAUCACGCCGGUAUCUCGACACAGAGCGUUGUCGAGAACAUGCUCUGGAGAAGAGAAGGAAAGACCCGUCACGACCUCGGCCGUGAGGACUUUGUCGACAAGGUCUGGGCCUGGAAGGGCGAAUACCACGACAAGAUCAACGCUGCUCUCCGAAAGAUGGGAGGAAGUUUCGACUGGAGCCGUGAGGCCUUCACCAUGGACGCGAACCUGUCCGCCGCCGUUGCCGAGACCUUUGUCAGACUUUUCGAGGAGGGUACCAUCUACCGCGCCAACAGACUGGUCAACUGGUCUUCCAGGCUCACCACCGCCCUUUCCAACCUCGAGGUUAUCAACAAGGAGCUGACUGGAAGGACAUUGCUGGAGGUCCCGGGCUACGAGAAGAAGAUUGAGUUUGGUGUCUUGAUUCAUUUCAAGUACCAGAUUGAGGGUACCGAUGAGUAUCUUGAGGUUGCCACCACCCGUAUUGAGACCAUGCUGGGUGAUUCAGGUAUCGCUGUUCACCCGGAUGAUCCCAGAUACACGCACCUGGUUGGAAAGAAGGCCAUCCACCCCAUCAUCCCGGGUCGUCUGAUGCCCAUCGUUGCGGAUACCUAUGUCGACAAGGAGUUCGGUACCGGUGCCGUCAAGCUUACCCCGGCCCACGACCCCAACGAUUUCAACCUGGGCCAGAAGCAUGGCCUCGAGUUCAUCAACAUUCUUACCGAUGAUGGAAACAUCAACGAGAAUGGUGGCAAGUACCAGGGUCAGAAGAGAUUCGACGUGCGUUAUGCCAUCCAGGAGGAGCUCAAGCAGCUCGGUCUCUACGUCGACAAGAAGGACAACGCCAUGACUAUUCCCCUUUGCGAGCGCUCCAAGGACGUCAUUGAGCCUCUGCUGAAGCCCCAGUGGUACAUGAGCAUGCGCAGCAUGGCCGACGAUGCCGUUGCCGCUGUCAAGGACGGCAGAAUUAAGAUCAAGCCCGAGUCCUCCGAGCGCAGCUUCUACGCCUGGAUGGCCAACAUCAACGACUGGUGUAUCUCCCGUCAGCUUUGGUGGGGUCACCGUUGCCCUGUUUACCUGGCCAAGGUUGAGGGCGAGAAGUCCGACUCGCUGGACAACAAGAGGUGGUUCGCUGGCAAGACUCGCGAGGAGGCCGAGGCCAAGGCCAAGGCUGCCCUUCCCGGCAAGAACUUCACUCUUGAGCAAGAUGAGGACGUGCUCGACACCUGGUUUUCUUCUGGUCUGUGGCCCUUCUCAACCCUGGGCUGGCCCAACAAGACCCAAGACCUGCAGGAGCUGUACCCUACCUCUGUCCUCGAGACUGGUUGGGAUAUUCUCUUCUUCUGGAUCGCCAGAAUGGUCAUGCUUGGUAUCAAGCUUACUGGCCAGGUUCCUUUCACUGAGGUGUACUGCCACAGCCUCGUCCGUGACUCUGAGGGCCGCAAAAUGAGCAAGUCUCUGGGUAACGUCAUUGACCCCCUGGACGCCAUCGCUGGUAUCAAGCUCGAGGACCUCCAUGCCAAGCUUCGCACUGGUAACCUCCACCCCAGUGAAGUUGCCAAGGCUGAGAAGUACCAGAAGCAGGCUUUCCCUGAUGGUCUGCCUCGCAACGGUGCUGACAGUCUUCGCUUCACCAUGGCUGCGCUCACAUCGACGAGCGGUGAUGUCAACUUUGACGUCAAGGUUAUGACCGGUUGGAGAAAGUUCUGCAACAAGAUUUGGCAGGCGUCAAAGUAUGUCCUGGGUAACCUGCCCGCGGACUUUGUUCCCGCCAAGGAGGCUACCGUUGGUGUCACUCUCGCCGAGAAGUGGAUCCUUCACAAGCUCAAUAACUCCGCGAAGGAGAUCAACACCGCUCUGGCGGCAAGAGAUUUCCAGCAGGCUACUGGUAUCGUGUACCAGUACAUUCUCAACUUCCUCUGUGAUGUCUACAUUGAAAACAGCAAGUCCAUCAUCAGGGAUGGCACCCCUGAGGAGGCCGCCAGCGCCGUCCAGACUCUGUACACCGCGUUGGAGGGUGCGCUGACCAUGAUCCACCCCUUCACGCCCUUCCUCACGGAGGAGUUGUGGCAGCGUCUGCCUCGACGCCCUGAAGACAAGACCAGAUCUAUCAUGCUUGCCAGCUACCCCGUCUACGACGCCAAGUUCGACGACCCCAAGUCUGAGGCCGCGUACGAGCUUGUCCUGGGAUGCUCGCGUGGUGCGAGAUCCCUCAUGAGCGAGUACGCUCAGAAGGAGGAGAGCAAGAGUAAGUCGCCGCUGCCGAUGUUGCGAUGUAGAUCCCACCCACUCACACGAUCAUCAGUCAUCAUCCAGUCUCACGAUGCCACCUCUCACCAGACCAUCAACGACCAGGUUGCCUCCAUCAAGACCCUCAGCGGCAAGGGCGUCACGGGGAUCGACAUCAUCGCCUCCGAUGCCGCCCGUCCCGCCGGAUGCGUCGCAUUUCCCGUUGCCUCAUCCGCCUCUGUGUACCUGCACGUCAAGGGCCGCGUCGACCUCGACGCCGAGGUUGAGAAGGCCAAGAAGAGGCUCGACAAGGCGCGCGCCAACAUUGACAAGCAGCACAAGGUUCUCAACGACCCCAUCUACAAGGAGAAGGUCGCCGAGGCCGUCCAGAAGCUGGACAAGCAGAAGCUCGUCGACCUCGAGUCUGAGGCCAGGAGUUUCGAGGACACGAUUAAGCAGUUUGAGCAGCUCAAGCUCGAGUAAGGGCCCGUAUGUCAGUGGGAUAAGGAGUAAAAAAAGGUAGACGCAUUUAUCUGUAGUAGAGAUGCGGUAGGACUGCUAGUUGAGGGGGCAGGAUUUCUUUGCUUGUCGUUGUUACCUUAUCGAGA